UCCAGGUCCUCCAACCAUCCCCUGUCACCUCCCCUUUGGAUGUCACCACCUGUUACCUCUCCUAGGGGUGUCCCCUCUUUGUCACCUCCUUGUCACCCUCCUGUCCCCCGUCUGUCACCCUCUGGGUCCCCCGUCUGUCCCCUGCCACCUCCCCGUGGAUGUCACCUCCUUGUCACCCUCCUGUCCCUCAUUUGUCACCCUCCAGGUCCUCCAGGUCCUCCGACUGUCCCCUGUCACUUUCCCUAUGGAUGUCACCUCCUGUCACCUCCUUGUCACCCUCCUGUCCCCUGUCUGUCACCCUCCAGGUCCUCCAACUGUCCCCUGUCACCUCCCCAUGGAUGUCACCUCCUUGUCACUCUCCUGUCCCUCAUUUGUCACCUUCCAGGUCCUACAACUGUCCCUUGUCACCUCCCCAUGGAUGUCACCUCCUUGUCACCCUCUUGUCCCUCAUUUGUCACCCUCCAGGUCCCCCGUCUGUCCCCUGUCACCUCCCCAUGGAUGUCACCUCCUUGUCACUCUCCUGUCCCUCAUUUGUCACCCUCCAGGUCCUCCAGGUCCUUCAACUGUCCCCUCUCACCUUUUCUAUGGAUGCCACCUCCUGUCACCUCCUUGUCACCUUCCUGUCCCCAAUCUGUCCCCUGUCACCUCCCCAGAGAUGUCACCUCCUUGUCACCCUCCAGGUCCUCCGACUGUCCCCUGUCACUUUCCCCAUGGAUGUCACCUCCUUGUCACCCUCUUGUCCCUCAUUUGUCACCCUCCAGGUCCUCCAGGUCCUCCGACUGUCCCCUGUCACCUCCUUUUUGGAUGUCACCUCCUGCCACCUCCUUGUCACCUUCCUGUCCCCCAUCAGUCACCCUCCGGGUCCCCUGUCUGUCCCCUGUCACCUCCUCUAUGGAUGUCCCCUCUUUGUCACCUACUUGUCGUCCUCCAGGUCUUCCAGUUGGCCCUUGUCACCUCCUGUAUGGAUGUCCCCUUCUUUGUCACCUCCUUGUCACCCUCCAGGUCCUCCGACUGUCCCCUGUCACCUCCCCUAUGGAUGUCACCUCCUGUCACCUCCUUGUCACCCUCCAGGUCCCCCGUCUGUCCCCUGUCACCUCCCCAGAGAUGUCACCUCCUUGUCGCCCUCCAUGUCCUCCGACUGUCCCCUGUCACCUGCUCUAUAGAUGUCACCUGUGUGUCACUCCCUGCUCCUUCAGGUUCCCUCAACUGUUCCCUGUCACCUCGCCAUAGAUGUCACUUCCUUGUCACCCUCUUGUCCCUUAUUUGUCACCCUCCAGGUCCUCCAGGUCCUCUGACUGUCCCCUGUCACCUCCUUUUUGGAUGUCACCUCCUGCCACCUCCUUGUCACCUUCCUGUCCCCCAUCUGUCACCCUCCAGGUCCCCCAUCUGUCCCCUGUCACCU